CAGAUAGAAUGGCAGAGAUUAUUAAAGAAGAAUUAAAUAUAGAAGAGUUUGAGAUAAAGGAAGAGAUAGUUUCCUUUAAGGAAGAAAUCCUUCUCUCCUCUACUGUAGAAGAUACAUGUGAAGAUAAUAUAAAGAUAGAAAACACAGAAAUACAAGAUGAAUUGAAUACUGAGAUACAGGAAACAGUAGAGCAUAAACCUGUAUUUGAUCCUGAUUUUCACACUGAGCUAAUCAUAAAACAUGAAUUCGAGGAUUUAAAUUCAGGUGAAAACAUGGAUGAAAGAUUUGAUGACUUUAAAUCAAAACCAAACCAAAACAAGAAGCGUAAAGUGGAUUACACUUGUAAUGAGUGUGAGUAUGUUGCAACUCAAGCAGGCAAACUAAAAUACCACAUCGAAAGUAAACAUGAAGGAGUGAGAUAUCCAUGUUCUCAAUGUAUAUAUGCUGCAAUAACGCCAAAUGCUCUGAAGAAACAUGUUGAAAAUAAACAUGAAGGAGUGGGUUAUCCUUGUUCUCACUGUGAGUAUGUUGCAACACAACAAAGUAACCUGAAAUCUCAUGUUGAAAAUAAACAUGAAGGAGUGAGAUAUUCUUGUUCGCAAUGUGAAUAUGCCGCAACUACAGCCAGAUACUUGAAGGCUCAUGUUGAAAGUAAACACGAAGUAGUGAGAUAUCCAUGUGCUCAAUGUAAAUAUGUCGCUACUACAGCAAGUGAUCUGAAGAGACAUAUUGAAAGUAAACAUGAAGGAGUGAGAUAUCCUUGCCCUCAAUGUAAGUAUGCCGCUACUACAGCAAGUUCUCUGAAGAUUCAUGUUAAAAGUAAACACGAAGGGGUGAGAUAUCCUUGUUCUCAAUGUGAAUAUGCUGCAACUACAGCAGGUGCUCUGAAGAAACAUGUUAAUAGAAAACACGAAGGAGUCAGAUAUCCUUGUCCUCAAUGUGAACAUGUCGCUACUACAGCAAGUGGUCUGAAGAUUCAUGUUGAAAGUAAACAUGAAGGAGUGAGAUAUCCUUGUUCUCAAUGUGAACAUGCCCCAACUACAGCAAAUGCUUUGAAGAAACAUGUUGAAAGUAAACACGAAGGAGUUAGAUAUCCUUGUCCUCAAUGUGAACAUGCCGCUACUACAGCAAGUCAUCUGAAGAUUCAUGUUGAAAGUAAGCAUGAAGGGGUGAGAUAUCCAUGUCCUAAAUGUAAAUAUGCUGCAACUCAAAAAGUAGCUCUGAAAAAACAUUUAGAAAAAAAACAUAAUUGAGUUCAGAUAUCUCUGUUCUGAUAAUGCUGCAAAAGAAUUGCACAAAAAUUUCCCAUGACUGUGGGCUAUCAAACAUUUAUUUUUUUGGUUUUAAAUUUGUGGAAACUUGUGACAUAAUUAAAAUUUUCUAAUCUUAAUCUCACAAUUAAAAUUUUUGUUUCAUUUUGAAAACUUACCUGAAAUAAAUUUGAUGGUUGUUUGUGUAUUAUCUGUAAUUUGUUGGUAUAAACAAAAUCGCUUAAUUCUCAUAACUAAAUUUAAUGCACCAAAUAAGUAUCUAUUUUAAUAGCAGGAAAUUGAAAUAGGAAUUGGUUCAAUUGAUAAACUCAUUUUUCCCAAGGAUGAAAAAAAGCUGUAAAAGCUUAAGAAAAAAGCGUAAAAAAUCUAUAAAUAAAGACUGAUAU